CCUCCAGCGCCAGCGUGACUAUAAAGCUUGUCGCUGAUUGGCUGACUGAGCAGAGGGCGGAAGUGCUGAGGCUAGCAGUGUACGUAGCGGGGUGGCUGAGCGUCUCUCCAGUCAGAAUGGAGCGGGGCUCAGUGCAGCAGAAGAUCUCGUGUGUGUUCGUCACUCAGGUGAAGGACGAGCCGUCCGCCAAGCGGGAGCACCAGACGUUCAAAGUGCUGGCUACAGAAACACUAAACCCUCUGGCAUUGAAUGCCGCUAUUGACCAUGCACUGGCUACAGAGAAGGUCGAUGGCACAUGCUGCUAUGUCACUACACACAAAGGUCUUCCAUACCUGUGGGCCCGGUAUGACAGAAAGCCAACAAAACAGGCGGAAAAGAGGUUUAAAAAAUAUAUUUAUUCAAAGGGAAACUCCAAAGACUUUGUGUGGAAUGUUGAUGAGGACUUCAAAGUUGUCCCUAACUUUUGGAUUCCAGCAAAGGGUGUGAAAUAUUUUAAUGGGAAACCAUACCCUGAUGAAAAUGGCCAUAUUCCAGGAUGGGUGCCUGUGGAAAAUAGCAACAAGCAGUAUUGCUGGCAUUCAUGUGCUGUCAAUUAUACAUUAGGAAUAGCCAUAGUAUUAAGACCCAAAGCAGAAGAUCAUGGAUCUUUGGAAAUUUGUCUUGUGCGUUUGUCAGAUCUUCUCGAGCAAACCCUGGAACUCAUUGGAACCAAUAUUAAUGGAAAUCCAUAUGGCAUUGGUAAUAAAAAGAAUCCAAUUCACUUCCUUGUCCCUCAUGGCACUUUUCUCAUAAAGGAUCUAUCAGCUCUUGAUCAUAAGAGUCUAAUGCAUUGGUUUGAACACUGUCAAGAGGGGAAAGUAGAAGGAAUAGUAUGGCAUUGUAAAGAUGGAUCUUUAUUCAAGCUCCAUCGCCAUCACCUUGGAUUAAACUGGCCAAUUAUUGACACACAUUUAAAUUCCAAACCAGUGUCAAUUAGAUUGGAUUUAUGUAAAUAUGACUAUGAAGCAGAUUCAAGCACGUUUCUGGGUCAGCUUUCCAAAAAAGACACUAUUUGUUACGACAGAUUAAAAGACAUUUUGUUGGACUGAAAACUGCAACGAAUGAAGAAUUGGAAGUGUUGACAGCUCAACCUGCCUGAUACUGAAUAUUGUAGAACGUCUACGUUUCAAACAUAUGGUGCACUCUGCCUGGUCAACAGAACAGAUGUCUGCAUGGCAUAAGGCCUUCAUAUUUACAAACAAUGCACAAGUAUUUAUUAUAACAAGCAACUGGUAACAUUUACAGUGUUAUCCCACUUUUCUAGGAGUGGAGAACACUUUGGUUACACCUUAAAGUUCUGCAUGUCUUACCAGUAGCAAUAACAUUUAAAGAGAUCCUGUGAGCUCUCAAAACUGUUAUUCCUCAUACAAAUACAUGUUGACAACUGGGUGUUAACAUUUCCCUUGUUUGUAGGCUGUGUCCUUCCCAGCACAGAUUGGAUAGUGUCUGAUAAUAAGGCCAGAAUUUCUGGCAGGACAAAAUCCAGCCGGAUAUUCUGAGUGCAGCCAAUGCUGACUGAAUCAGUCGGUGCUAGGACAGCGCAGACCUUGCCAUCCCCAUAGACCAGUGUUUCCCAACCAGGGUGCCCCCAGAUGUUGCAAAACUACAACUCCCAGCAUGCCUGGACAGACUUUGGCUGUCCAGCCAUUCUGGAAGUUGUAGUUUUGCAACACCUGGAGGCUUUCUGGUUGGGAAACACUGCCAUGGACGGCAAGGUCUGUGGAACAGAUUCUGCCAGAACAUUGCGCAGGCUAAAGGGGUACUACCGUGCUGACAACUUAUCACGCACACAGACCCCCCCCCCUUUCAUCAGGCCCUGGAGCAAACAUCCGCUCCGGGUCUGAUGACGAGGCCGGUGAUCGUGAUGUCACAGCUCCGCCCCCUCAAUGUAAGUCUAUGG